CAAUUUCCCAAGUCAUCACCUCUCUAUAACUUAAUCACUAAAGCCUUUUUCUCUCUCACUUUCCCUUAUAUCUUUCUCUCUGACCAACAGAAUUAGUGAAAUUGGUGAAAGUUUCCGGCGAGAAAUGAGAUUGCACGGCGGCGGCCCCUCAAGGGGUCGUCUCUCGUGGCCACAUUUGAUGGUUGCAUUGGCCAUAGUGGUUGUUUCAACCAAUGUAGUCUCGGCGGAUCCUUAUGUCUAUGCCUCUCCACCACCACCGUACGAGUACAAGUCACCACCACCACCGUCUCCAUCUCCACCACCACCUUACGAGUAUAAGUCGCCACCGCCGCCCUCUCCAUCUCCACCUCCACCAUAUGUGUAUAAGUCGCCCCCACCACCAUCACCUUCUCCACCACCACUAUACUACUAUAAGUCUCCUCCUCCACCUUCUCCUUCUCCACCACCACCAUACUACUAUAAGUCUCCUCCACCUCCCUCUCCAUCGCCACCACCACCAUACUACUACAAGUCCCCACCACCACCCUCUCCAUCGCCACCACACCCAUACUACUACAAGUCUCCACCACCACCCUCUCCAUCGCCACCACACCCAUACUACUACAAGUCUCCACCACCGCCCUCUCCAUCGCCACGACACCCAUACUACUACAAGUCUCCACCACCACCCUCACCAUCUCCCCCACCACCAUACUACUACAAAUCUCCACCACCACCCUCACCCUCUCCUCCACCACCAUACUACUAUAAAUCCCCACCACCACCAUCACCAUCUCCACCACCACCGUACUACUACAAAUCACCACCACCUCCAUCACCAUCUCCACCACCACCAUACUACUAUAAAUCACCACCACCUCCAUCCCCAUCUCCUCCACCACCAUACUACUACAAGUCUCCACCACCACCAUCACCAUCCCCACCACCUCCCUACUACUACAAAUCUCCACCACCUCCGGCCAAAUCUCCACCACUGUCGCCACCAUACUACUACAAGUCUCCACCACCACCGGCACAUUCGCCACCACCACCAUACUACUACACAUCUCCACCGCCGCCUCACCACCACCACCACCACCUGGUUGUCAAGGUGGUCGGAAAAGUGUACUGCUACAGAUGCUAUGAUUGGACAUACCCAGUGAAGUCGCAUGACAAGAAACAUCUGAAAGGUGCUGUUGUGGAGGUGACCUGCAAAGCAGGGAAGAAAGAAAUUGUGGCCUACGGUACAACCAAGAUCAACGGUAAAUACAGCAUCACCGUCCAUGGAUUUGACUAUUCCAAGUAUGGAGCUGAGUCUUGCAAGGCUAAGCUCCAUAGUCCUCCAAAGGACUCACCAUGUAAUAUGCCAACAAACCUCCAUAUGGGCAUCAAGGGUGCUGAACUCAAAGUCAAGUCCAAGACUGCUUAUGAAGUUGUACUCCGUUCCAAGUCUUUUGCUUAUGCUCCUAAGACACCUUAUAUGGAGUGUAAAAAGCCCAAGCCCACACCUGCACCGUACUAUUACAAGUCUCCACCACCACCAUCCCCGACUUAUGUUUACAAGUCACCACCUCCACCAGCACCUACUUAUAUCUACAAGUCGCCGCCACCUCCAGUUUAUCAUUACAAGUCUCCACCCCCACCCACACCAACUUAUGUUUAUAAGUCCCCACCACCACCGACCUAUUACUACAAAUCUCCACCACCACCGUCACCCUAUUAUUACAAGUCUCCACCUCCACCGGAGAAGUCUCUACCACCACCUUACUACUACACUUCUCCACCACCACCAAAAAAGUCACCAGCACCUUACUAUUAUAAGUCCCCACCGCCACCAGAGAAGUCUCCACCCCCACCUUACUACUACACAUCCCCACCACCACCAGAGAAGUCUCCACCACCACCUUACUACUACACAUCCCCACCACCACCAAAGAAGUCUCCACCACCACCUUACUACUACAAGUCCCCACCACCACCAGAGAAGUCUCUACCCCCACCUUACUACUACACAUCCCCACCACCACCAGUGAAAUCUCCAUCACCACCUUAUUACUACAAGUCCCCACCACCACCAGAGAAGUCUCUACCCCCACCUUACUACUACACAUCCCCACCACCACCAGAGAAAUCUCCACCACCUCCUUACUACUACAAGUCCCCACCACCACCAGAGAAAUCUCCACCACCUCCUUACUACUACAAGUCCCCACCACCACCAGAGAAGUCUCUACCACCACCUUACUACUACACAUCCCCACCACCACCAAAGAAGUCUCCAUAUCCACCAUACUACUACAAGUCCCCACCACCACCAGAGAAGUCUCCACCACCACCUUACUACUACACUUCUCCACCACCACCGGAGAAGUCUCCUCCACCACCUUACUACUACAAGUCCCCACCACCACCAGAGAAAUCUCUACCCUCACCAUACUACUACACAUCCCCACCACCACCAGUGAAGUCUCCACCUCCUCCAUACUACUACAAGUCCCCACCACCACCAGAGAAGUCUCCACCACCACCUUACUACUACACAUCCCCACCACCACCAAAGAAGUCUUCACAUCCUCCAUACUACUACAAGUCCCCACCACCACCAGAGAAGUCUCCACCUCCACCAUACUACUACACUUCCCCACCACCACCAGAGAAGUCUCCACCACCACCUUACUACUACACAUCCCCACCACCACCAAAGAAGUCUUCACAUCCUCCAUACUACUACAAGUCCCCACCACCACCAGAGAAGUCUCCACCUCCACCAUACUACUACACUUCUCCACCACCACCAGAGAAGUCUCCACCACCACCUUAUUACUACAAGUCCCCACCACCACCAGAGAAAUCUCCCUCGCCACCUUACUACUACAUUUCUCCACCACCACCAAAGAAGUCACCACCACCACCUUACUAUUACAAGUCCCCACCACCACCAGAGAAAUCUCCACCCCCACCUUACUACUACACAUCCCCACCACCACCAGUGAAAUCUCCACCACCACCUUAUUACUACAAGUCCCCACCACCACCAGAGAAAUCUCCACCACCACCUUACCACUACACGUCCCCACCACCACCAGAGAAGUCUCCACCACCACCUUACCACUACACGUCCCCACCACCACCAAAGAAGUCUCCACCUCCUCCAUACUACUACACAUCCCCACCACCACCAGAGAAGUCUCCACCUCCACCAUACUACUACACUUCCCCACCACCACCAGAGAAUUCUCCACCACCACCUUACUAUUACAAGUCUCCACCACCACCGUCACCAUCACCACCACCACCUUACUACUACAAAUCACCCCCACCACCGUCACCAUCUCCUCCACCACCCUAUUACUACAAGUCCCCACCACCACCAUCUCUAUCACCUCCUCCUCCCUACUACUACAAGUCUCCUCCUCCACCAUCGUCAUCACCUCCACCACCCUACUACUACAAGUCCCCACCACCACCAUCGCCAUCUCCUCCACCUCCCUACUACUACAAGUCUCCCCCUCCACCAUCGCCAUCUCCUCCACCACCAUACUACUACAAGUCCCCACCUCCCCCUUCACCAUCACCUCCUCCUCCAUACCUCUACUCCUCACCUCCCCCACCCAUGAAAUCACCUCCACCACCAGUCUACAUCUACGCUUCUCCACCACCCCCAACUCACUACUAAGCGGGAGUCGCUCAUCCACUCACCACCACCAUCCGUCAUCUUUUGGUAGAAAAAAAGGAAUAAAAGAAGGCUCAAUGAGAAGAAAAUGCAGACAAGAAGUCUUUUCAAAUCCAAUUCCAUUCAAUAAGGUCCCGAGGAUUGCACUUGAGAAACUUUUUAAUUGGGACCAGUUUGCUUUUACUUCUCUGGUAGCAAUCUUGCACAUUGUGUUGAUACAAUCUUCCGGUGGAGUGGCUCUGAGGGUUUAAAAAUGAAAGUAUAGGAAGUGAGAUAUAGAAAUGGGGUAUUUAUUAUUGUGUUCGUCUUCGUAGAGUUAUAUUAUAUCUCUAGUGAUUUAUUAUUGUAUAGUAGAAGAUGGUGUUUGUUCUAUUUGUUGAUCUUCUAUUUGUUAUUAUUACGAGUUGUUUUGCUUCUUAAUUUGAUCUCUAUGCUUUGUACACUCCAUAUUAUUUGAAAUAAAGGAUGACAUUUCCUCUUGCAA